UGUGAGGGAGGCUGCGAAGUCUGUUUCAAGACCUUUCUGAGCCCGUGAAGUAGACACCAUGAGUAAAGCUCACCCUCCCGAAUUGAAAAAAUUUAUGGACAAGAAGUUAUCAUUGAAAUUAAAUGGUGGCAGACAUGUCCAAGGAAUAUUGCGGGGAUUUGAUCCCUUUAUGAAUCUUGUGAUAGAUGAAUGUGUGGAGAUGGCAACUAGUGGGCAACAGAACAAUAUUGGAAUGGUGGUAAUACGAGGAAAUAGUAUCAUCAUGUUAGAAGCCUUGGAACGAGUAUAAAUAAUGGCUGUUCAGCGGAGAAAUCCAUGUCCCCUCACCAAACGGCCUGUUUUUACUUUGGUGUAAAAAUCAGGUCAUGUACAUUUUCAUAUUCGACUUUUUGUUAAAUAAACUUGUAAUAGUCAAAAAA